AUGGCCCUGAACGUCCCCCAGCGCUCCGCGACGGUGCGCUGCGACUGUAACGGCCGCUCCCGGUACUGCCUGCGGGACUCCAGGGGGCUGCACUGCGUCGACUGUCAGGGAAACUUCGAGGGCCGCCACUGCGAGCGCUGCAAGGACGGCUUCCACCAGGAGGGGGCGGCGUCGAGCUGCACGCCAUGCCGCUGCAACGCCGCAGGUUCUGUCAGCGCCAAGUGUGACAGCAGGGGGCGCUGCAGCUGCAAAGACGGCGUCACGGGAGAGAAAUGCGACCGCUGCCCGGACGGACCGAUCGGACCCGAUGGCUGCAGGCAGAGCCGUCAGCCCAGAGAGGAUUCUGGGAACUGUUUCUGUUACGGUCACAGCAGCAGCUGCUCGGCUCAGCCCGGUUACUCCGUCCACAACAUCACCUCCACCUUCGCCAGCGGUCCGGACGGUUGGAGAGCUGCCACGGUGCAAGGUGACACCCCACCCGACGUGCACUUCCGCUGGUCUCCUAAACACCAGGACCUGGAGGUCAUCUCCAAAAACAGCCUCCCGGUCUACCUGUACGCCCCAGCUCGUUACCUGGGGAACAAGCUGCUGAGCUACGGUCAGAACCUUUCCUUCUCGUUGCGUCUGGACCGUGGCGUCCGUCACCCGUCCAUCAGCGACGUGAUUCUGGAGGGAGGCGGCCUGAGGGUGACAGCGUCUCUGGGCGAACUCAGGUCCAUUGUGCCCUGCGGACAGAAGAUCCACUACAGCUUCAGACUGGAUGAGCAGCCCGGCAGCCGCUGGAGGCCUCAGAUCUCCUCCGCUCAGUUCCAGACGCUCCUCCAGAACCUCACCGCCAUCAAGAUCCGGGCCACGUUCGGAGAGAAUGGACGCGGCUACCUGAACAACGUGCGGCUGGUGUCGGCUCGUCGCGGCGACGGCGCCCCGGCCAGCUGGGUCCAGACCUGCAAGUGCCCGACUGGAUACGACGGCGACUUCUGCGAUCAAUGCACCGCGGGGUUCAGGCGCAGCGUCCCUGCACUGGGAGCCUUCAGCCCCUGCGAGCCCUGCAGCUGCAGGGGGGGUAGCUGCGACCCGCAGACCGGAGACUGCUACUCCGGGGACCAGUCCUCCGGAGACUGCUCCGCCGGGUUUUACCGCGACCCCUGGCCCCCACGAGCCUGCGUGAAGUGCCCCUGUCCAGAGGGCAGGUCCUGCUCGCUGGCUGCAGGGUCUCUGGAGCCACGCUGUGACCGCUGCCCCACCGGAACCACAGGUGCCAACUGUGACGUCUGUCAGGAGGGUUAUUUUGGCGGCGCUGCGCGGGGCGAUAGCGUGUCCACGCAGAGCUGCAGACCCUGCCAGUGUAACGGACACAUCGACGUCAGCGUGGCAGGGAGCUGCGACCGCAGCAGUGGCGAGUGUCUGAAGUGUCUGAACAACACCAAGGGUCCGAGCUGUGAGUCUUGCCUAUGGGGGUUCUACCACAGCCGGGCCGCCGACGCCUGCAAACCGUGUGUCUGCAGUGUUCUGGGCUCUGAAACCGGCCAGUGCGAUGACUCGGGUCGCUGCCGGUGCCGGCCCGGCUUCGAUGGGCUGAAGUGCCAGGGGUCCAACUGUCCCGCCUGUUUCAACCCCAUCAAGAAAAAGAUGGAGGCCUACGCUGCCAAGCUGGCGGAGCUGGAGCGUCUGUUCUCAGAGAUGGACGCAGGUUUAAAACCCGUCAACACAGCGGAGAUGGAGGCAGCUCUGAACGCCGUAGAGAGGCAGGUGGACGACCUGCAGUACGAGACCGAGCUGCUCACAGGAGAGGAGAAGAAGCUGCAGGUGCGUCUGUCGUCCAUCAGCAGGAGUCAGCUGGAGGAGGAGCAGGAGAUCCAAAAUGUCGCCAACGCAGCGGACGACAUCGAACAACGAGAGCGGACGUACAGCGCAACGGUGAAGGAGGUCCAGGCUCUGAUGGAGGACAUGAAGCGCACCCUGGACAAAGCCAAGGCCGACCUCAGAUCAGCCGAGAUUCCUCAGGGAGACGCACCACUGGGGACGAACCUCCUCUCCUCUCUGGUGCCCACAGCCCGCAGCCUGGCUGAUAAACACAAGACGACCGCCGACUCCGUGGAGCGCAGCGCCAACGAAGCUCUGAGCGACUCGGAGAAGAGCCUGGCUCUGGUGCGGGAUCUAAUGACCAAAGAGAACAAAGUCAAAGAGCUGAUCGGAGACAUGAAAGCCAUGUACGAUAAGACCUCCGCCCAGGUGAAGGGUUUGGAGAAGCAGGCGGUCGAGCUGAGCGGCGAAGCCAAGGAAGAGAGCAAACUGGCUGACGGCAUGUUGAAGGACCUCGCCAACAUGGAGCGCAGCAUCCCGGCUUCCUUGAAGGGGCAGGUGGACAGCAUGGUGUCCCGGCUGGGCGACCUGAAGGUGGCGGCGGACGCAGACAUCUCAGGGUUGGAGGCAAUACAGGACAACGUGCAGCGAGACAAGACCGCCGCCGAGGACCUGCUGGCCCUGGGCAAGGCUGCUAAGAAGGAUUUCGACAAGCUGGUGGACAGAGUGGACGUUGCCAAGGCAGACACAGAGGACGCUCUGAAGCGCAUCAACAGCAACACCAAAGAACUGGACGACGCCCUGAAUACCCUGAGAGGCUUCGACCAGCAGAUCGAUGGCAGCAAGACUCUGUCCGACGACGCCAUCAAGCGUCUCCCCGGCAUCAACGCCACCAUCCAGCAGGCCGUCAGCAACAACGGCGAGACCACCGGCCUCCUGCGGGACGUGACUGCAGAUUACAACAAGUCCACGGAGACCAUCACCCUGCUGGACAACCUGGCCAACGGGCUGAAGAACACGUUUGGAUCCCUACCGUCCCACAUCGAUCUGCUGAACGACGCCACCAAACUGAACACGGACUCUAAGGAUCUGAAGCAGCGAGUCCUCGACGCCACCGAUAACCUGACCACGGAGCUGGAGGCCGGCCGGACGCUGGAGGCUGACGCUGAGCAGGCUGCGGGGGGGGCAGCUGCAGCUUUCAACCACGCCAGAGACACCCGAGACGCCGUGGGGAAAACGCUGAGGGACAUCAACGCUCUGCUGGCCAACAUGAACCAGUCAACCCCAGUAAACGAGACGCAGCUGAAGGCGUUAGAGGCCUCUCUGGACGGGGCCCGGCGGGAGGUGGAGGGCCGCCUGAGGCCUCGGCUGCAGGACAUGGAGGCCGGCGAGGAGGCGUACCGGCGCCGACUCACCACCAUGAACCUGGACAUCGAUUCCAUCCUGAAGGACAUCGCCAACCUGCAGGAAAUCCUGGAUGCAGUGCCCCCCGGCUGCUACAACAGCCCCCCCAGCGAGCUGCCCUGAGCAGCAACACUGGAUCCUACAUCUCCCACAAUGCAACUGGGUAUUAUCUCUUUUCCUCCAGAUCCACCUGCCACUUCAACAGGAGUGUACCUGCUCCUGAGGGUGCUGUGUCUCAGCUAGACGGACGACUGAGAGGUCCUUCCAUAAAUGACCCUUCAAAGGGUAAUAUAGCGAGGGUGUGGAGGAGGCUGCACUGUUCAGCUCUUUAUAUUUAAAUGUGUGUUAAUCAGACAGCUAAUAUUGAACACUAGGUCCUACAUUUCCCACAAUGCACUGCGCCUCCUACAAACAUCAGACCUGCACCUUGUCCUUUUAACGUUUGUUUUUUAUAAUGAUGUGACUUUAUUUAUAACUGUACAUACUUUCUAUACUAUAUACAGCACUCAAACAUGUCUCUGUAAUCUCUGCUUUUAAAUAAAACUGUUUCCUGAU